CCGUACGCUGCACCAUCGCAGCUUUCAUAGAGGUGAGCCUCUGUAUGUAACUUCCUGUCUCAACGACAGCCCACAAGAAGGAAACCAGGCUCACCAGGGUUUAUGUAGAGAAUCGACAACACAUUCACAGACUGAUCAGCUGUCGCAUUGCUGAGAUACGAUCCUGCGUUUGAGGUAAAAGACAGGAGCUUGAAUGAACCAGGAUUAGCAAGUAAGGUUACUUUCAUUGAGUGUCUUGAGAUGUUGUUUGUGUUUUUAUUUUGGUAAUAGGAAAUUCAAAAAUAGCUGUUGUGAGUCUGUAUGUAGCUUAAUGAUAUCCUCAUCAUUAAACUCUAUAUUUAUUUGAGUCCCAUAAAGGUUUCACUGCAAAUGUUUGUCUUUUUUGGAGGCCAGAAGGUAUUAGUCACUUAUAAUGUGUCACUUUCUAUUUCAAACUGAUGGUUCCAUUAAUAAUACGUGGUACAGGAGUUGACUGUUUUAGAUUUGGACUUUGACACUUGAUAAAAUGUUCAUAAGUACCUAUUGAAAACUACAAAUGAUGUCCUCAACAGCUAGUGUUUAAGUAAAUGUAUAACACAAUGUUUGUUUGUUUCUGUAAUAAUCCGCAAACUAAUCCCACCUUGCCACAGGAGCUUUCUCCAUGUCCGCAGUGGCUCCCUCCAGUCCCGCGCCGGCUCUGGUCCAUUUCCAGCUCGGCCUGUUCAGGGAGAUGGUUCAAGUCCCUGCUGGCAACCUGAGCUAUCGCCAUGCCAAGAGGCUGGCCGCGGAGAUCAUAGAGCGCAAGGCUCCAGACUGCAGCGUGGUGGGCACCGGGGAGAAGAUUCUGCUGUUCAGACAUCAGCCCACCUCAGAGCCGCUGCUGUACCGCCUGACAGAACAGGACGGGCUGCAGGAUGGAGACCUCAUCGAGGUCAUCAUCGCAGAAUCAGCGUCAGUGACUGAGAUGAGGAUCCGUCCACACUCCCUGGUGGUCCAGUCGUACCGGACGCCCACUUUCUGCCACCACUGUGGAGAAAUGCUGUGGGGCCUCGUUCGACAGGGGUUAAAAUGUGACGGUUGCGGGUUAGACUUUCAUAAACGUUGUGCUUUCCAGUUGCCCAAUGACUGUACUCGAGCACGACGGCAGGUUAGCACCAGCCUGUCCCUGUUUCCUCCCCGACGACCCCGUUCACACUCCCUGUCCAAUCAGUCAGGAGGCAGUCUGGAAGAGAUCAGCAUGUCCAAGCCCUCCUCCAGGCCUCCGUCCUGGGCAGAGCCCCCGGUCUGGCUGGGGAUCGGGUACGGUGAGAAGAGCAGGGCUCAGGUCCCUCACACCUUCCACAUCCACAGCUACACCAAACCCACCGUCUGCCAGUACUGCCACCGGCUGCUCAAAGGGCUCUUCAGACAGGGGCUGCAGUGCUCAGACUGCAGGUUUAACUGCCACCGGCGCUGUGAGCCGCUGGUCCCCAGAGACUGUCCGGGAGAGAAGAGAGGCGUCAACGGGGAAGAGUUCACAGUAGUGGUUAACAGCUGCCGACCAGAACCAGAGGACGAUGAUUCAGAGCUCACCAGUACAACAACACUAGAUAUCUCUGACGAUGAGAUGUCCACCGACGGAGACACGAUCACCGAGACCAAGAACGCAGAGCAACCGCGAGAGCCGAUGAGUCCGUGUUUCAGCAGCUACAUCCCUCUGAUGAGGCUCGUCCAGACGGUGCAUCACACUAAGAGGAGAGCCGGUGGAGUCCUGAGAGAGGGAUGGCUGCUGCAUCACACCAACACUGACACACUGAGGAAACGUCAUUACUGGAUCUUGGACUGGAAGAGCAUCACUCUGUACCAGAACGAGAGCAGCACCAAGUACUACAAGGAGAUCACUCUGUCCGAGGUGCUGCAGGUCCGAGGCCCCUCCCAGCUCUCCGUGCCCUUGUUGCCAGGCAACUGCGCGCACUCCUUCGAGGUGGUGACGGCCUCUCUGGUGUACUGCGUGGUGGCCGGAGAGAACGGGCCGGCCUGGGAGAGCGCCAUCCGUCAGGCUCUGAUGCCCGUCCAGAGCAGUGGGGCAAACGGCGAGGAGAACCAGGAUAGAGAUUCACGCAGAGACAGCGUGGACAUCAGCUCAGUGUAUCAGAUCUUCACAGAUGAGGUUUUGGGCUCCGGACAGUUUGGAGUCGUAUACAAAGGUACUCACAGGAAGUCGGGUCGUCCCGUCGCCAUCAAAGUCAUCGACAAGACGCGCUUCCCCACCAAACAGGAGAGACAGCUGAGGAACGAAGUGGCCAUCUUGCAGAAUCUGUCCCACCUCGGGGUGGUUCUGUUGGAGGGGAUGUUCGAGACAGUGGAGCACGUCUUUGUCGUCAUGGAGAAGCUCCAUGGAGACAUGCUGGAGAUGAUUCUGUCCAGUGAGAUAGGCCGACUCCCUGAACGCAACACCCGCUUCUUGGUCAUGCAGAUCCUUGAGGCUCUGCGGUAUCUGCACUUCAAACAUAUCGCUCACUGUGACCUGAAACCUGAGAAUGUACUGCUGGCCACUGCGGACCCUUUCCCUCAGGUGAAGCUGUGCGACUUCGGCUUUGCCCGCAUCAUCGGUGAGAAGUCCUUCCGCCGCUCGGUCGUGGGCACGCCUGCCUACCUGGCGCCCGAGGUGAUCAGCAGCAGCGGCUACAACCGCUCUCUGGACAUGUGGUCCGUGGGCGUCAUCAUGUACGUGAGCCUGAGCGGCACGUUCCCUUUCAACGAGGACGAGGACAUCAAACAGCAGAUCACAAACGCUGCCUUCAUGUACCCACGACAACCCUGGGCCUCCAUCUCACUGGAGGCUGUGAGUCUCAUUAAUAACCUGCUGCAGGUGUCGGUCAGACGGAGGUUCAGCGUGGGCAAAGCACUGGGACACCCCUGGCUGCAGGACUUCCAGCUGUGGUGUGACCUCAGGGAGUUCGAGCAGAGGAUGGGCUGCAGGUAUCUGACGCACCAAGGGGACAAUGAGCGCUGGAUACGCUACGCCCAGGAGAGGGGCAUCAGCUUCCCGACCCACCUCUGCUGGGACCCCGACAACGACAUGUGACCUCGGCCCGGAGGCUAAAGGUUGGGACAGUUUGUAGUCUGUACAGCUCAGAUUAAACCAGAGAUGAGACGUCACACUCCAAAACAUCCUGAAUUUGUUGAUCAGCAGUCAACCAAAUAUCUUUGUAUCUUAUGUCAAAUGUUAGAAUUAGGGUGUUUUGUAGUACAAGUGACACGCCCAUUAACUCAUACUUUCACUUGUACUAAUGUGAUAAAGAAACACAAACAACUGCUGUUUAGUAAUAUAAUUUUCCUUUUUUAUUCCAAGUUGUAGUUUUUAAAAUUUAACUGUGUGAAAGUGAGUUUUUGUGGCAUUGGUGAUGAUGGACAGAAUGAAUGGAGGAGAACGGAGCACAAAUGAAAUUUAAAAUAUCACCAUCAUGCACAGGGAGGAGUCGACUCGCACUGAUUAUCCUGGCCGACCUGUCAAUGGGACCAAAACCCUAUUUGCUUCCUCACUGACAUAGGCCUGCUAUGGUCCCAUGUACAGUAUCCAUUCUUCUUAUUUUGUCCACAACUUUCCUGAUGCCCUGUUGUCUCUCGCUGCUCGACACCUCUCUCUGUCUGAGUCCCUCCUCCAUGACGUAAAAAAAAUAAAAAAAUCACGUUCAUAUGUUUAGAUGUGAUGUUAAAUUUAGGAGAGAGGUGUGUGGGAUCGUUCUCCCUGGCCAUAACAGUUUGUCUUUCUGUCUUCGUUCUUAAGUCCAGCCAUGGCCCUCUUUGUCUCUUAUUUACCCACAGUGCUUUGCUCUGAGUUGCUCUCUCUGCCUGCUUCAUCUCCAGUGCUCCCGUUCACCCUCCGUUUCUUCCUGAGCUUAAGGCUUUUAAGAUCUUCAGGUUACAUUCAAUCUUUGCUAACAUUCAGGUUUCACAGUACUGUGCUAUUUAUUUUCUAACAGAGUGAGAACUGGCUUUGUAACAUCGUAGCACCUGACUUGCUUUGCUCCUCUGCUCACUGAAAUGUUAACAGGCUCCUAAUGAUACUGUUUGUUUUUGUAUGAUUAAGAGUCAGAGACUCACAAAGACAGCGUUUCUAAACUUCAACAUAGCAUGCAUCUGCACAAAUACACAACCAAGCCAACUGACCAACCAGCUUUUUUUUUUUAUCACGUUGUCUUCUUUAAUUACCCUUCUACAAAAAAUAUGUCAUCUGGAGAGAGAGAGAGAGAGAGGGGGGCAGAGCAGGAGGCUUUGCUCAAAAAAACUUUUUUUUUCCUCUCCCUCAUUACCUCCUUCUGUUAAACGUCUCCUAAAGGCAGGUAUGUUAUAUGUAUGCUGCGUACAUAACUUCAGUGCAAUACCUGGCACAUUCCUGGUUUUUAAAGGCACUCUGACAGACAUGAGGGACAAGCUGACCAGUCCGAACAUCUAAGAUUUGAGCAAAGUCUUCUACUCUCACCCUCUCUGGGUAGUGUUUUUAGGAGGGGAAGAGGAGGUGGGGAGAAGGGGAAGAAAGUUAAGAUUUGAAAGAGGAUGAUAAGAACAAAGAAUAUAGAAGGACAAUGGAAGGGGUUUAAAUCGCUCUCUCCACAGAGGAGAAAUAGGGGGAGCUGGGAGGAGGAGAGGAAGAGAAGCGGUUUAUAAGUCGCUCUCUCCGUAGAGGGCGCUGGAGAAGGAGAUGUAGUCCAGAGCGCCGGUGGGGCAGUCGGUUCCAAUGAACCUGGUCAUGCGGCUGAUGCAGUACUCGGCCUGCUCUGGUGGCAGCUCCCUGCGCAGCUCAUCCACUGUGAUGUAAUUCUGGGAAGAGAGAGGGAGGCAGGCAGUGAUUAAAGUGAUUGUCCCACAGCACAAACACACUGCCAGGAGUUGAGCGCUGCCUUGUACUGGAAACAAAUUUUAAAAAAGGAUGUAGGCUGAGAAAUUUAACUGCAAACAGUCUUUGAUUCUCAAGCUGAAUUAAGCUGAAUUAAGAUGGGGAAUUUGGUGCUUAUUUUUGUUUUGGCCAUUAUUCCUGUUGCUUAUAACAUUUUACUCAUCUAGUGAAUUGCCGGGAUCUGGGUUCAAUGACAAUGUUUACAUGCACUCAAGAACCAACAAAGUGAGAUUAGUGGGUUAGCCAGCUCUUUGUGCUCAACAGUUUUCUAGGAUCAUGAAGUUGGCUCACUUAACUGUUAACCUAGUGCACAGCUAACCUGCUAACUAAUUUCAGAGGAUCAGAUCACUGGAAAACCUGAUAAUUCCUACAAGAGUUUUACUGUACUAAAUUUUACUAAAUACAUAAUGAAUAUUUUAAUUGCAUUUUAAUUGCGCAGAGAUUCUUUAAUUCCUGACUGGCUUUCUUCAGCCUCUUUACUUGUGUCAUAUCUUUCUACGUGUAAAAGAUUAUUAGAAACCAAUUCACACAUAUACACAUAUAACUAAGAAAUUAAGAUCGACUUGUUCCCAGAUCUUAGCAAUUGCUUGGAUGUGUAAAUAUAUAAAUGACCAAAAAUACAAAAGACAGAAGAUUUCAAAUAUAAGUCCUGUUUGUGUCAGUGGUAAAUGUGGGGUUAGAUAUUUUCUGGAGAAAAGUUAACAGGAUGCUGUAUUUGUCUGCUUACCUUGUCUGAAGCCAGAAUCUUGAAGGAGGCCAUGACCUGUUCUGCAGUGUCGGUCUCGGCAGUCUCACGGGUCAUGAAGUCAAUGAAGGCCUGGAAGGUCACCACGCCUGUGUUGUUGGGGUCCACCAGGGUCAUGAUGCGAGCAAACUCCACCUCACCCUGUCAGACAGAGAAGGAUUUUAUUAUUCCAACAUCAGUUAGUACAUACAUUUUAAAUGACUUGACUUAAAAGCUCUGAUCUCUUGCUACUUUCACAUCAGAGUGGACACUCAGGUUUUCCAAUUUAUUCAACAAGCUGAGUACGUGUUGCACUAACCAGAUCGUAACCCAUGGAGAUAAGGCAGGCACGGAAGUCGUCUGGGUCCAUCAUGCCGUUUCUCUUCUGCAAAGGAACAACACAAUUGUGUUUUAAUUAUUAGGACAAAUACUUAAGCAGCUCUUAUGUUAUAGUAAUAAAGCCCAUGUUUUCAUUUCUUGCUGUUGCUGGAAUAUCUAGCAUUAACUUAAGUCAUGUGAUCUUGAAACUUUUAGAACAAAAAGACAUUUAUCUGUCAGAUUGGUUUUGAUGCCUCAAGAAUAAAAUAUGAGAUCUGUCCUGUAGUUUGUGGUGUUUUUUUUAUGCAUGUUUAUGUUUUGAGACAUCAGCAAUUUAAAACAUUACUGAAUCAUUUCAGUGUACAUCCAGAUCCAGCCUCACCCUGUCGAAGUGGUUGAAGGAGGCCCUGAACUCGUUGAGCUGCUCCUGGCUGAUGCCCUUGGCAUCGCGGGUCAAGAUCUGGUUCUCCACCUCAUUGAUGGUUCUGGCGAUGGUGGUGAGCAGCUGCUCCCAGCCCACGCGAACAUGCUGCAGAGGUGGAGGAAACACACUUUAAAAAAAGAAACAAGAGGUGGGAGGACCAGCCUGUCGUCAUGGCUGCAGUGAAGUCCACUGUACCUCCAUGGUGUAGUUGGUGUGCUUGUUGUCGAAGAUGAGGGACUCCUGGCUGAGCUGGUGGUCUCCCUCCAGCUUGUCAAUGUUGGAUUUAUAGUUGAUGAUGUUCUGCUCGUACUGCUUCAGGCUGUUCAUCUGUUCCUCCAGGGAGCCAGCAAUGUCCACAGACACGUGGCUGAUCUCCUGCAGGCGUACACAGGCAGUAAACAGGGAGGGGAAUGAGAAAUAGUUGAUUGACAAGUUCUGUGAAUAUUUGUUUUUAUUUGCUCUUGUAUAAUAACAGGUGUUUGUGUACAUAGAUAAAUGUAUUUUUAUUUACUGCUCAUUAGUUUCUGAUCUGUUAAUUCAUCUUUAAAUGUGCAGCCAUGACUGAUAUCUAUCAGCAGGAGCUAAAACCUAAUCAUGACUAACCAUAAAAUCUCAUCCCAAGACUGUAUUUUAAUGUAAUUCAUUGUUUUAUACUGUUUUAUUGCCUUUUUAUAAUCGAUUCUGUGGUCAACAUUAUUUCACCUCAGUAAUCAAAGUGUCAUCAUUACAUACUUAUGUCAAAAUUUGUCAAUAUUCUUCAUCCAGUGUCCCAAAUAAAAACAUUUUAAAGAAA